AUGCUGGGGCACUAUGUAGAAAGGAUUCUCGUUUUUAGUCGAUUGAAUCGAACUCAUUGCUUAUUGUCUUUUAAGCUGGGUACUUAUCCUAUACGUCUCUUUAACCGAGCCGCUAAGUUACCCAAACGAUGUCCACAAGAACUGUAUGGUAAAGAUUGUAUAAAUAAAUGCCAUUGUUCUCGAGGGGAAUCAUGUGACCAAAUUUCUGGAAUCUGUAAAAAUGGCUGCGAAGACGGAUGGCGUGGAGAGAAGUGUGACAAUCAAACAUAUGUUAAUAUUGCUCAAGGUAAACAAACGUAUCAAACAAGCACUUUGGAAUGGGAUAAAGUAAUAGCUUUACCCAAUGGAAAAUGUGUGAAAAAUAAGAUGUGGAUGUCAUCCGGCAAGGCAGUUGACGGUAAUUUUGAUCAUGUUUUCGAACAUAUGUCAUGUACACAUACAACAUCGGAACAAGAUCCAUAUUGGGAAGUGACGUUGGAUAAACCAUACAUGAUAUCUCAACUGAGAAUAUACAAUCGAAUGACACACUAUUUCAGGUUGAGCGGAUUUAAAGUUUAUCUUGGAUCAUCACUUUGUUUUGAGAGUACAAAAGAUGAAUACAAGAAACAAGUAAUCUAUAUCAAAUGUCAAAAACCAGUAUAUACAAGUAAUGUCAAAAUAUCGUUAGAAGGAAAAAAGAAAGCGCUUACUCUUUGUGAAGUGGAAGUAAUACAAUGCUACGAUAUUCAGAUAAGAGUUUUCGCUUACAAACCUCAGGAAAUUCACAGUUUUACUUUCUACUGGUGUUUCCGUAACAAGGAAUUCCUUUUCACAUGA